GCUGGUAGUUAUCACUUCUCUCCCAGCUCCUCACAGCUAACCCUCACGCCGAGGCAAGGAGCCAAAAAAAAAAAUCUGAUUGAAGGGAAAAUCUCUAUCUAAUUUAAUUAGGAAAUCAACCAUGGCUGAUACAGCAGUUGACACAACCCCAGCCACAGAGGUUACAGCAAAGGAGCUGAAGGAGCAGAAGGAGGUGGGAGCGGAGGACCUGAAGGAGGACCUGAAAGAGGACGCGAAGGAGAACUGCGUCGGGGACGCACCUGCCAAUGGAACAAAUGGUGCCGAUCACAGUGACAAAGCUGCUGAGGAGGUAGAAGAUGAGGAACACAAGAAUGGAGAUGGAGAAGCAGAGGAGGCUCCCCCUGCUGAGGAGACUGAUGCACAGCCUGUGAAGCGUGCAGCUGAAGAGGAGGAGGAAACUGUGGAUACAAAAAAGCAGAAGACAGAAGCAGAGAAUGGAGAAUCAAAAGAAGCAGAAGUGGAGGCUUAGAGCUCUGCCCUGCUACUGUGCAGCACUGUCUAGACAGCCUGGUCAACGUCAUGUUGUAGAGCUUGUGCUUUCUGUAUCUUUGAGAUAUCUUUUUGUUUGCUCCCAAGUUAUCACAUUGCACUGGAGUCCUGAAACUUAGUGGCCCCGCCUCCUUUUUUAUGAGAUGUUAUUUAUUAGUCUAUAAAAUGAGCUUUUUUUCUACUUGUACAAAUAGGGCCACACUAUUAAGAACAGUUUUAGUAAGGUUUUAUAAAAUCGGUAUAAGUUGAGAGCACAUUUUCUACUAUAUUACUGCUGACCAGCUGAUUCAUUCAUAUGGGCAGCUGCUCCCCUCCACAAAGGCUCAUGUUGACCUCUCAGAUUCACUAAAAGACCAAAGAUAAGUUUUAAGCAGGGGCUAAUCGACGGUUGUUGGCAUUAUUACUUAAGGCUUUUUGUGUUGAGCUGCUAGUAGUUUAAUCCUCUGCCUCACUGCUGCAUUCGCCUAACAGAUGGCAGAAAUGGAGAGGUCGCUUAUGCCUCCAUAAUAAGAUUUCUUGACCUUGUUUUGUGGAGGCAGGCUUUGGCAUUGUCAAUUAACCCCUCUUAAAUCUUGAAGCUUUGGUCAUUCGUUCUGUAUGCAUUCCACGCAAGUUUGUACCAUUUCUAUUCAACCGUUCUUGUUUUUCCUCCAAGUUUAUUAUGUUAUGGCUGGGUAACCCAGUUUUAUGUCCAAGUCUGCCUUUCUCAGAUUCAGAAUGACAUUUGGUUACUACAGCCACUGCUUUGUAUAUUCUGAUUAACAAAUAAAUUGUCUUUUUACUUA